CAGUCUGCUCCAGGGCAGCUGUGGCUACUGAUGUAGCUCCACCACCGGGAUGACUGUGUGUGUGUAUGACUACUGGACUCUGGACUGUAAAGCGACUUCGAGUGUCUAGAGAAGCGCUAUGUAAAAUAAAUGAUUAUUAUUAUUAGUAUUAUUAUUAUCCGCCGCCAGAUGUUCGCUGUGUCCGAUGCGGCGCACAGUCGUGACGUCACUGUCCGGGGUUUCCGAGCGAAGUGAACCCUACGGCGUCAUGGCGGAGGCCGGUUGUCGGAAGACCCUGGAUUGAAAUGCCAGCUUUCUACAGUCACAGUUGACCAGCGAGCGGCGAGACUUCGAUUACAUCUUAUUCGGGUUUUUGGAAGGAGAGAAAAAACCAACGAGGCGCCAGUUCUUCCCGAACUGAAUCGUCCGGGGCUUGAUCUCCCUGACUGGGAGAGAAAGCUAGCCCAGCUAGCCAAAGCUAGCGUUAGCUCCCGUUAGCUACUGCGAGCUGCUAGCUCCUCUGCUUGUUAAAAAUAAGAGAAGAAAAGGACCUCCUGAAGCGGAAAAGCGGAUUUAAAACAACACUCGCAUUGGAGUCGGCAGGUAACCGUGAUUAACAUCAGGUUGACCACGUGGAGCACAAUACUACAGGUGGUGGGGGGGGGGUCUGUAUUGUGGACUUCAACAUGGCUGGACGCGUCGAGGAUGAAAGUGUCAGCAACAGCAGUGGAGAAUCGAGUAAUUCUGACGAUGAAUCCGGUUCUGGUUCUGGCUCGGCGUCGGGCUCCGCCUCGGGCUCCAGCUCCAGCUCCUCCAGCAGCAGCAGCCAAUCGGGGAGCAGCGACUCAGGAAGCGGCUCGGACUCUGGCAGCGGGUCGGAUUCUGACGCGGAGAAAUCGAAGGAGAAGAUGGAACCGCCAAAUAAGUCCAACAUCGAUGGAGCCGAGUUCUGGAAGUCCAACCCCAGUAUCCUCGCGGUGCAGAGAUCGGCGAUGCUCCGAAAGCAGCAGCUCCAGCAGCAGCAGCAGCAGCAGCAGCAGCAGAGACAAAGCUCCUCCAACAGUGGAUCUGAUGAGGACUCGUCGAGCAGCGACGGAUCCGACUCGUCGAGCGGGUCCAAACGAAAAAGAAAUUCCGCCUCCUCGGACUCUGGAUCGGGUUCUGGGUCCGGCUCUGGUUCCGGGUCGGACUCGUCGGCGGAGGCCAACAGUGACGAAACGGCGUCGGACUACGAGCCCAGUCACAAAAUCAAAAGCAGAAAGCCUCCGACGAAGAUGAAUUACCGCAACGGGAAGAAGUGCAGCAAACAGAAGAAGAAGAAGAGCUCCUCGUCCUCCGACGACGACGGCUACAAGAAGACGUCGUCGUCGGGCCAGCGGCGGCAGGCCACGGUCAACGUCAGCUACAAGGAGGACGAGGAGCUCAAGACCGACUCGGACGACCUGGUGGAGGUUCUGGGCGAAGACGUUCCUCAGCCCGAGGAGGACGAGUUCGAGACCCUGGAGCGAGUGAUGUACUGCCGGAUAGGAAGGAGAAGAGCGACCGGAAGUGUGACCACUGUUUACGCCGUGGAGGCGGACGGGGACCCCAACAUCAACUUCAUCUCCAUCAAGGAGCCCGGCGAGAUCCAGUACCUGAUCAAGUGGAAGAACUGGGCCCACAUCCACAACACCUGGGAGACGGAGGAGACGCUCAAGCUGCAGAACGUCAAGGGCAUGAAGAAGCUGGACAACUUCAAGAAGAAGGACCAGGAGAAGAAGAGAUGGUUGAAGGCGGCUUCCCCCGAGGACAUCGAGUACUUCAACUGUCAGGAGGAGAUGAUGGACGACCUUCACUCUCAGUACCAGCUGGUGGAGCGGAUCAUAGGACAUUCCAACCAGAAGUCGGCGGCCGGUUACCCGGACUACCUGUGCAAGUGGCAGGGCCUUCCGUACUCGGAGUGCAGCUGGGAGGACGGAGCGCUGAUCGGCAGGAAGUUCCAGAAGUGCAUCGACAACUACAUGAGCCGGAACCAGUCCAAGUUCAUCCCGUCCAGGGACUGCAAGGUCCUCAAACAGAGGCCGCGUUUUCUCCCCAUGAAGAAGCAGCCGAGCUACAUCGGAGGCGACGGCCUGGAGCUCCGGGACUACCAGCUGGACAGCCUGAACUGGAUGGCCCACUCCUGGUGCAAAGGCAACAGCUGCAUCCUGGCCGAUGAGAUGGGCUUGGGGAAGACCAUCCAGACCAUCUCGUUCCUGAACUGCCUGUUCAACGACCACCAGCUGUACGGGCCCUUCCUGCUGGUGGUGCCGCUCUCCACGCUCACCUGCUGGCAGAGGGAGAUGCAGCUGUGGGCCCCCAACAUGAACUUCGUGGUCUACCUGGGGGACAUCAGCAGCAGGAACAUGAUCAGGACUCACGAGUGGAUCCACGGCCACAGCAAGAGGCUGAAGUUCAACAUCCUCCUCACGACGUAUGAGAUUCUCCUGAAAGACAAGUCGUUCCUGGGCAACGUGAACUGGGCCUUCAUCGGCGUGGACGAGGCUCACCGGCUGAAGAACGACGACUCCCUGCUCUACAAGACCAUGAUGGACUUCAAGUCCAACCACCGGCUGCUGAUCACCGGGACGCCGCUGCAGAACUCCCUGAAGGAGCUGUGGUCCCUGCUGCACUUCAUCAUGCCCGAGAAGUUCCACUCCUGGGAGCUGUUCGACGAGGCGCACGGUAAAGGCUGUGACUCCGGCUACACGAGCCUGCACAAGGAGCUGGAGCCCUUCCUGCUGCGCCGCGUCAAGAAGGACGUGGAGAAAUCUCUUCCUGCCAAAGUGGAGCAGAUCCUCCGAGUGGAGAUGAGCGCCAUCCAGAAACAGUAUUACAAGUGGAUCCUGACCAGGAACUACAAAGCUCUGAGUAAAGGCAAAGGCAGCACGUCGGGCUUCCUGAACAUCAUGAUGGAGCUGAAGAAGUGCUGCAACCACUGCUACCUCAUCAAGCACCCGGAGGACAUCGACUUCCUCACCAGAGCCGAGGCCCUGCAGCAACUGAUCCGCAGCAGUGGGAAGCUGGUCCUGCUGGACAAGCUGCUGGUGCGCCUGAAGGACCAAGGCCACCGCGUGCUCAUCUUCUCCCAGAUGGUCCGGAUGCUGGAUAUCCUGGCCGACUACCUGAGGAGCCGGCAGUUCCUCUUCCAGAGGUUGGACGGCUCCAUCAAGGGGGAGAUGAGGAAGCAGGCGUUGGAUCAUUUUAAUGCAGAGGGCUCAGAGGAUUUCUGCUUCCUGUUGUCGACGCGCGCCGGAGGCCUCGGCAUCAAUCUGGCGUCGGCCGACACCGUCGUGAUCUUUGACUCCGACUGGAACCCUCAGAACGAUCUGCAGGCUCAGGCCAGAGCCCACCGGAUCGGACAGAAGAGACAGGUGAAUAUCUACCGUCUGGUGACGAAGAGCUCGGUGGAGGAGGAGAUCAUUGAGAGGGCGAAGAAGAAAAUGGUUCUAGAUCACCUGGUCAUCCAGAGGAUGGACACCACGGGGAAAACGGUCCUCCACACCGGCGGCGCUCCCUCCAGCUCGGCUCCGUUCAACAAGGAGGAGUUGUCUUCCAUCCUGAAGUUUGGUGCCGAGGAGCUUUUCAAGGAGCCGGAGGGGGAGGAGCAGGAGCCUCAGGAAAUGGACAUCGACGAGAUCCUCAAACGGGCCGAGACCCGAGAAAAUGACCCCGGACCGUCGACGGUGGGAGAGGAGCUGCUGUCUCAGUUCAAGGUGGCGAACUUCUCCAUGAUGGACGAGGAGGAUAUCGACAUCGACUCGGAGCGUAGUCACCGGAGUUGGGACGACAUCAUUCCCGAGGAGCAAAGGAGGAGGAUGGAGGAGGAGGAGCGGCAGAAGGAGCUGGAUGAGAUCUACCUGCUGCCGCGCAUGAGGAACUGUGCCAAACAGUCGAGCUUCAGCGCCAGUUCGGGCCGCCGGAGCCGGAGGUACUCCGGGUCCGACAGCGACUCCCCCUCGGACCGGAAAAGGCCGAAGAAGCGAGGGCGGCCUCGGACCAUUCCACGUGAAAACAUCAAGGGCUUCAGCGACGCAGAGAUCCGGAGGUUUGUCAAGAGCUACAAAAAGUUUGGAGGACCACUGGAAAGGCUGGACGCCAUCGCUCGUGACGCCGAACUCGUGGACAAGUUGGAACAGGACCUGAAGCGCUUGGCGGAGACGGUUCACAACGGCUGUGUGAGAACACUACGAGAGAACCCCUGUGGACCGGAGAAGACUUCAGGGGGCAGAAGAGGGAAGGUCAAGGGCCCGACCUUCAGGAUCUCCGGAGUCCAAGUGAACGCGAAGCUGGUCAUCUCCCACGAGGAGGAGCUGGCGCCGCUCCACAAGGCCGUGCCUGCCGACGCCGAGGAGAGAAAGAAGUAUAUGAUCCCAUGCCACUCGAAGGCAGCGCACUUUGACAUCGACUGGGGGAAGGAGGACGACUCCAGCCUGCUCAUCGGCAUCUACGAGUACGGCUACGGCAGCUGGGAGAUGAUCAAAAUGGACCCCGACCUCAACCUCACGCACAAGCUCCUCCCGGACGACCCGGACAAGAAGCCUCAGGCCAAGCAGCUCCAGACCAGAGCGGACUACCUCAUCAAGCUGCUGAGCAAGGACCUGGCCAAGAGGGAGGCGCAGAAACAAGCCGGCACCGCUAAUUCCCGGAAGAGGAAAACCCGGAGUAAAAAGAGCAAAACUCUGAAGCCAAUCAAGACCGACGAAGUGCUCAAGGGCACGGCGUCAAACCCGCCGUCGGACAAGAGGUCCGACGAGGAGGACGAGGUGGCGAAGGAGAAGGAGGCGGCGCCGCUGAAGGCGCCGUGCAGACGGAGCCGAGCGGACCGGGCGGCGGCGGUGGUGGUGGUGAAGGAGGAAGAGGAGGAGGACGAGGAAGAAGACGAGGAGCCGGAGCAGGAGGACCUCUCUUCGUCGGGGGAGCUCGCGGACAAAGAUCUCAAAAAAGACGUCAAGAAGGAGAAGAGGGAGGACGGCUGGGACCUCAAGGAGAGCAAGGAGAAGAAGGAGAGCAAGCCCCUGGAGCCGGUGCACAAGAUGGAGGACGGCGUGGAGAAGAUCGAGGUGAAGGCGGAGCUACGAGAGCGGACCAAGAAGGCGUCCGACGGGCCGGUCCACAUCGCGGCGGGGGGGGAGAACGUCCCCAUCUCCGAGGAGUCCGAGGAGCUGGACCAGAGGACCUUCAGCGUGUGUAAGGAGCGCAUGCGGCCCGUGAAGGCGGCGCUGAAGCAGCUGGACCGGCCAGAGAAAGGUCUGUCAGAGCGCGAGCAGCUGGAGCACACGAGGCAGUGCCUCAUCAAGAUCGGAGACCACAUCACGGAGUGCCUGAAGGAGUACAGCAACCCCGAGCUCAUCAAGCAGUGGAGGAAAAACUUGUGGAUCUUUGUUUCCAAGUUCACGGAGUUCGACGCCAGGAAACUCCACAAACUGUACAAGCACGCCAUCAAGAAGAGACAGGAGAACGCCCAGGCCAUGGAGCAGAACACCAGGAGUAUAAACACCCACGGCUACAAGCAUGCAGACAUCGAGAGGCUGAAGGACAACUCUCACCAGGACGACAGCAGCAGGGACAGCUACAGCUCGGACCGCCAUCCUCCGUCGGGUCGAUACCACGAGAGCGGCGGCGGCAGCAAAGAGAGACACGGCUCGGACUCCCACCGGAAGAGCUCGGCCGGGGAGUCCAGGAAAAGACCGUACUCGUCCUUCAGCAACGGCAAAGACCACCGAGACCACUACAGACCGGACAGCAGAGACAGAGACCGGGACAGAGACCGGGACAGACAGGACAGAUACCACAACGACAGCAAGCACAGGAAGCUGGAGGACUUCCGGUCCGGCGGCCGCGACCACCGUCUGGACGCUAAGGACCACCGUCUGGACACUAAGGACCACCGCCUGGACGGGAAGGACCACCGUCUGGACGCUAAGGACCACCGUCUGGACACUAAGGACCACCGCCUGGAUGGGAAGGACCACCGUCUGGACGCUAAGGACCACCGUCUGGACACUAAGGACCACCGUCUGGACACUAAGGACCACCGUCUGGACACUAAGGACCACCGUCUGGACGCUAAGGACCACCGUCUGGACGGGAAGGACCACGCCCACUCGGAGCACCGCUCGGCGUACCGCUACCACUCGGACUGGCAGGCGGAGCAGCAGCAGCGCGCCUCGGCCAGCGGGCCGCGCUCGCCCUAUGACGUGCGCUCGCCCUACUCGUCGGACCACAAGAGCACGCCGGAGCAGAUCUGGAGCAGCCGCAAGACAUAACGGCAGCCGGCCGGCCUGCCGGCGGCCGCCAGAAACUCGCCACACAAGCAGGUGCCUUACAGGGGACCGCCGGGGACCGGCAGCUGGUCCCGGACCACCGGGUCAGCUCAGCGGCUCCUCUCCAGCUCGGGAGGGGUCGCCUCAAAAAACCAGGCAGAAGAAACGAUAAAUAAAACUACUCUAUUCAAAGCAUAUUUUUGUAUUAAAGAGUCUAACGUCGCCGUCGAGCGGACAUUUUUUCUGUUAUUUUUUUAUAUAAGAAAAACUUUUUUUUUAAACUCUGGAAACUCGAUUGCCCCUGAGUGCUGCCUCAUGUCCACCAACCAAUGACACUGGAUCCUGUAAAGACUGUUCUCUCUCUCUGUGAGUCCGCUGUCUCUCCAUCAUGCUUCAUGUAAUUAUCUAUUUAAGAGACGGCGGGCGUCACAUGACUCGUCACGACUCACCACAACUCGUCACGACUCGUCACAUGACUCGUCACGACUCAUCACAACGCGUCACAUGACUCAUCACAACUCAUCACAACUCGUCACGACUCGUCACAACUCGUCACAACUCGUCACGCGGCGACUCGCCCCAAGUACCUCAUCCACAGCAUCUCGUCCUCCUCAGCAGGUUGUUUCUAUUUUCUCCACCAGGUGUGAAUUAUUUAAUAACAUAUCUUCAGUUGUAGAAGAAAAAAAGAAUAAGAAAGAAAUAACGUGGAUUGUUGAUUCUUCGGAGCGCGAGGUUACACUGUUGUACAUUUUUGUAAGAUAGUAAAUCGGUGGUCUUUCCCCCCCUCAGGCUUUUUUGGAUUUAUGACUCCUCUACCCCCCCCCCCCCACAUCAACUCAGGCUUUUCUGUGGUUCUAGAGUGAGUUCUGUAUCAUGUGACGUUGCGAUGCUCUCGGGAAAGGGAACGUUCUCCGGCGGACUCGGUUCUGUUCGGUUCUUCUCGCCUUGGCGUGUCCGGUCUUAAGCUUCAACGUUUUUACUCUUUUUUUUGUUUUCUUUCUACGUAGGCAAUAAUAAUGUCGAUGUUUCUAUGCAGCCGGUUGGUGGUGAACUCUGGCGUCUCCGCCACGCUCUGUUGUACAUAAACUUCUAUAUUUCAAAAUGAAUUUACACUGAAAGUGCAUGAACCGUUUUAUGAACCUGUUUUAUAUGUUUAUGAAGCCAUUAAAAUCAAUCACUGUACUCACUCGUACCAACUCUUUA